AACAGAGAGAAGAGAGACAAAGCAAGUGCGAGUGCGUGAAAUCAAUUGUUGAUUGUUAUCACUGUUUCUUAUAUUCCACACAACGAGCGUCGGAAGAGAGGAGAUCGGAAAAAGAUGACGGAGGCCCAUAUAAGGAACAAGCCGGGGAUGGUGAGCGUGAAGGACAUGCCGGUUCUCCAGGACGGUCCACCGCCGGGCGGGUUCGCACCGGUCCGGUUCGCUCGCCGCAUCCCUAACAAGGGCCCAAGCGCCGUCGCUAUCUUCCUCGCUGCCUUCGGAACAUUCUCUUGGGGCAUGUACCAGGUCGGCCAGGGCAACAAGAUCCGAAGGGCACUGAAGGAAGAAAAGUAUUCUGCCCGCCGAUCCAUACUCCCUGUGCUACAGGCUGAGGAGGAUGAGAGAUUUGUUAAAGAGUGGCAUAAAUACCUCGAGUAUGAGGCAGAAGUGAUGAAGGAUGUGCCUGGUUGGAAGGUUGGUGAAAGUGUGUACAAUUCUGGGAGAUGGGUGCCCCCAGCAAGUGGUGAGUUGCGUCCUGAUAUCUGGUGAUGUUUUUUCAGCCAUCUCCAUCCGAAUUUGUGCUGCUUCUUGCAUGUUCGUAACAUUCUGGUACUUUUGUCCAGUCUCUAAAAUAAAUUUGUAUCUGGAAUAUUUGUGACUUCUUUGCGAAAUUUUAAAACAAGAAUGCAUUUUGAAUUUGUUCUUCAUGUUGACAAUAGCACUUAAUAUCAGAUGUAUGUCAGUAUAAGAAUGCACAUCCUUGGCAUUACAAACUGUGCACUUUUUUCGUAACUUUGGGAAGAAGAAGAACUCUCAAACCCAAAAA